AGAACAUCGAACUACAAAAAUGGCAUUUACGUUGACUAGCAGAGUUGGAUUACAAAACGGAAAGGAUAUUCCUGUCCUUGGAUUUGGUACCUAUGAGAGCAGUACAGAGGAGGCUUAUACGUCAGUAAAGCAAGCAUUAGAAGCUGGAUAUAGGCAUAUCGAUACAGCAGAGUGGUACGAAAACGAGGAAGCAUGCGGAAGGGCUAUCAAUGACUUCAUGAAGGAAUCAAAUACUCCACGCAAUGAAAUAUUCUACACUACAAAGUUGAUGGCUAACAAUGGCCUUGAACAUGCCCGAAAAGCAAUCCGUGAGAGCGUUAGAUUGAGUGGAUUGGGAUACCUUGAUCUAUACUUAAUUCAUGGUCCAUAUCCAUCCAAGGAGGCUAGAUUGGCAUCCUGGAAGGCCAUAGAGGAGGCAAUCGACGAAGGUCUUAUCAAGUCUGCCGGUGUAUCCAACUACGGUGUAAGACAUCUUGAAGAACUCUAUGAAACAUCACCAAGGUACCCAGUUACGGUAAAUCAACUCGAUUUACAUCCAUUCAUGCAACGCAGUGAGGAUGUUGAAUAUAACAAAAGACGUGGUAUAGUACUCGAGGCCUGGGGACCACUCGCUCGUGCUAUGCGUUUCAAUAACCCAGUUCUUAAGAGAAUUAGCGAAAGCCAUUCCAAAUCUCCAGCACAGGUUUUACUCCGUUGGUCAAUCCAGAAAGGAUACGUUCCACUUCCAAAAUCAGUAAAGAAAGAGCGUCUUGCUGCAAACAAAGAAAUUUUUGACUUUGAAUUAUCAAAUGAUGAUAUGAAUAACUUGGAUCAGUUAGAUGAAUACCUCGUCACAGAUUGGGAUCCAAUUGGAGAUGCAUCCGUUUAAGAAAACUAUUGUAUAAAUCUAAAAUAUAUGUGCUUACAACAAGUAAAAAUAUAUAAAA